ACCCAACCAACGAUUUCAAAAAAGUGUCCAAGUGAGGGUGAAAGCACUGUACGCAGCACAACAAUCAAAAAAAUCUGUGCCCUUUUUUUCUUUUUUGUCUUUAAAAAUGGUGUUGACUCGAUUCCAACAAGCAAAUUUAAAUCAAAAUAGUCAUGAAGCCGUAUUAGUCAAAGAUCCUCCUUUGCUCACCAUUUCUCGUUCAAGUGAUUCCUUGGAGGAACCCGAUCUUUCAGAAACCACUGUCAAAGUCGAUUCAUUAUUGGAGCAAUUAGACGAUUUUGAGUGUUCAACCUUGGAUGCCUUAAUGGCUCGUUGGCCUUCCAUGCAUGCGAGACUUAAAGGCAUGAAACCUCACUUACCACCCAAAAAGGACGAUGACAAACCCACCUUAGUAUUGGACUUGGACGAGACGUUAUUACACACCUACCGCGAUACCCAUGACAAUGAAGGACAAGUGGAUUACGUGAUCUAUGCCAAAGACGGUAACAGCUGUUUACUAGCAGGAAGACUUCGACCUGGCGUUAUUGAGUUCUUGACUUGGGCGGCAAGUUCUUUUGAAGUAGUAGUUUGGACGGCAGGAAGAGAAGAUUAUGCACGCAUGGCUCGUGGCUGUCUUGAUCCUCACAACAAUCUCAUCACACAUAUGCUGACUCGUAAUUCCUGUAUACGUAUGCGAUCAGGAUCCACACGGGAAGUACUUUAUAUCAAGGAUUUGUGUGCUUUGGGUCGAGAUCUCAGCAAGACCUUUCUCGUGGAUAAUACACCCCAUGCAGCAUCCUUAAACCUAAGUAACCUGAUACCCAUCGAAGCCUAUGUAGGAGCCACAUCCGAUACAGAAUUAUCCGAAUUACGAAGAUUCUUAGAAGUUAAUUUGGUUCGUCUCACAGACAGAAAGGAUGAUAUGAGGAUCGUUUUGUACAGACAGUUUAAUUUGAAACGAAGGAUACGUGAACGUGUCGGUAAUUGGAAGCAACAACAACAACAACAACUGUUAAAGGAUCAAAAAUCAUAGUAAAUUUACAAACUCUCUGCAAACUCAUACCCACUCUUAUCACUAAACUGUAGCUAAGGGAACAUUCAGCAUGUAAAUUAUUAUCGACACCAUGUAUUCCUCUUAUUUUUCUUUAUAAAAAAAACGCGUAUUCAACCAGUAAUAAACAAACGAGGGCUGGUUACAACGCCGUCAUUUUUAUUUUCGCAUGUUCGAGU